CAGGAAUAGACCUUUGCCCUCUCAUACCUCCAUUAAUUGCUUAUAAAAAGACCUUCCCAUUUCCCCCCCAUCUAAUAGCACACAAGCUUGCUAGAACCAAAAACAGAAUACAAAAUCACGACCCCAAAAAAUGAGGAUUUUGGCACUAAUUUCACUCUCUCUCCUCUCCAUACUUGGAGCCUUGGCGGUAUCACCGACCCCUAGCAGCGGUGGCGGCGGUGUCAGUUCUCUCAUUAGCAAAGCCGUGUUUGAGCAGAUGUUGAAGCACAGGAACGACGCAGCUUGCCAAGGGAAAGGGUUUUAUACAUACGAGGCGUUCAUCGCUGCUGCCGAUGCGUUUGAAACUUUUGGAACUACUGGGAGUGUUGCCACUAGGAAGAGAGAGGUUGCUGCUUUUUUGGCUCAAACUUCCCAUGAAACUACUGGUGGGUGGCCAACGGCUCCAGAUGGACCAUAUGCAUGGGGAUACUGCUUUGUUACGGAACAAGGAAACCCCGGGGAUUAUUGUUUUGCUACGCCACAAUACCCUUGUGCUGCAGGGAAGAAGUACUUUGGCCGUGGUCCCAUCCAAAUUGCAUACAAUUACAACUACGGUCCAGCUGGAAUGGCCAUAGGAAGCGAUCUACUAAACAACCCAGAAAGAGUCGCAACCGACCCCACCAUAUCUUUCAAAACAGCCCUCUGGUUCUGGAUGACUCCACAAUCCCCGAAACCCUCCUGCCACGACGUCAUCACCGGCAUAUGGACUCCGUCGGCCGCCCAUUUGGCAGCAGGUUUGGUUCCAGGGUACGGUGUCAUCACUAACAUAAUCAACGGCGGGAUCGAGUGUGGAAAAGGGUCUACUACACAACAGGAGGAUCGGAUCGGGUUUUAUAAGCGAUACAGUAAUAUUAUGGGAGUUGGUUCUGGAAAUAAUCUUGACUGCAAUAACCAAAGUCCUGAUUUCGUCGAACAAAGUAGAUCUCCUGGGUCAAGCAAUGUAUUUGUUCUGCAAUGUACUAUGUAGUUGUGAAUGGUGAAUUGGAAGGGUUUUUCAAAGGGAAAAAGGGAUUGAGAGAAGGAGAUCCCAAAAUCCCUUGCUUUUUCCUUCUAGUCAUGGAAGGGUUCUAUGCAAUUCUAAACAAGAGAUUUCUUUACUUGUCAUCCAAACUGCAGUUCUUUGUAUAUACUUAUCACACUUGGCUUUUGCAGAUGACUUGUUCCUCUCGGUUGGAGUUGACUGUCAUUCUAUAGGUGUGAUCAAGGAUGCCCUGGACAGCUUCUAUCACUACUGAUCUGGGCUAAAACCUAAUAUACUGAAAAGCCAAUGCUUCUUUUCUACGGUUACUGAGGAAACUAGAGCUGCUAGAUCUUGAUUUGCUUCCCAUUCUAGAGGGGUCUUUGCCUGUUAGAAACUUGGCCGGGAUUCCCUCUGUUUUUACAAGACUAAGAUGUGAGGAUUGUAUUCGGUUAAGGGAAAGGCGUGGUGAUGUGCUCUGCAUGGUUGGUUGUGUUCGUCUUUGGUUUGGUGGGUUUUGAGCCAUUGUUUUAGGGUAUUUGAAAUGAAAACCACAAGUUUCGGUUUUUCGUUGGUAGUUCAUGCGUACGAUCUGAAGCAGACAGUACUGCCACGUGUGGUCAAAUACCCUAACAAAUUAAACGAAGUUAAGUUUUACG